AUGGAGGCGAAAAUCAAGGCGCAGCGGGCAAAGAUCACGGCCGCCAAGCUCGACGCUGUCUUUGGCCACGGCCUGCAAUUCCGUGCCAACGUCGCCAAGCUACAGACCCUGCGGCGGCAGCGCGACGACGCAAUCGCGCGCCGGGACGAAAUUGAGCGCUGGCGCGUCGAAGAGUUCCUCGACUAUUGGGAGCGCGAUAUGCAUCACAUGGCGAUCCUGCGCGCGCGGCAGCGGCAGCAAAAAAUCGCCGACGAGCGCCGCAAAUGGCACGUCAAGCCGUGCACAAAGGAAGGCAAGGUGCGACUGCACGCGACCGCGCGAGAGAGCACGGUGUUUUGCAUCGGCAGUUCGAACUUGCUCGCUUUUUCCAAGGAAUUUCAAGCAAACAAGAACGCUGUGACGGCGCUGACCGAGCAAGUGGCGCUUGUGUCGUCAACGGCGCAGCUGGAGCAAGCACAGACGAUGUUGAUGCCGCUUCUGGAUACGUUUACGAAAACGUACAACGGCGUGCACCAAGCCUUGCACCAGGUCCCCCCGCCCCCGCACGCUAUGGCGAGCGAGAGGUCGACCAGCGUCGAUCCGCCGCCAGCGACAGAUAUUGUGCUGAAGACGAAGAAGAAGAAGGUCAAGACACUGGGGCAGCAGCGCCGGACACGAGAUGCGCAUGUUCCGUGGUCGCUCCUCGAUCAGCUCGCGGCGGAGAAGACCAAGCUACAGACCGAGAAAGCUCUCGGUGCCGUAUUUAAGCGUCGAAAACCGAUCGGCGAUGACUAA